AAAGAAGGGAAUCAGAACACGACAAUGUGACACGAGGAGUAUUGUUCAAAUUAUCGAAUUUAUUUUUGCAUUUGUCUAGGCGUGCUUUACUUUCUUUCUCCACCCUUCCCAUUCCUUCACGAUAGACUCCCUAAUUUUAUUUCUUGAAAAGAUACCGUCAUCGAAACGAUGACCAUACGAAAACAAGCUCUCGCUUCCCUGACCAUCCUUCCUCUUAUACCGUCCAUCACUGCGUUUCCGUUAUGGCACAAGCGUGCCGUCCCCACUGAAUCCAACGCUUCAGCAGAUGAAGCAUCAUCAAAACAUGAAGCGAGUCCAAAGAAUGAAUCCAAAACCACAGCAAGUCCAUCCAAAGAUCCUCAGUGGCUCAACGAUACAUCGCAAAGCGUUACUGCAUUUCCUCCAGCGCCAAAGAAGACUCCUUCUACAUCCAGUUCACCUUCACCUACGUCACGAGCUUCUUCUACGUCGUCCGCUUCGUCUACUUCACCAACAUCGUUCGCCAGUUCUCCAAAGUCUCGCGCACCGAGUACUCCAGCCAUUUCGCCUUCGUCGACGACACCGACGUCUAUUUCCGCCUCGCCUUCAAGCAGUCUUUCACCAGAAACGGAAAAAGCCGGAUCCCAAAAUGGUGGUGGAUUAUCAGGAGGCGCUAUUGGGGCGAUUGUCGCGGUGAUAGUCAUUGUUCUUUUGGGAAUCUUGGCUUUCAUUUUUAUUCGUCGACGGCAAUCGAAAAAAUUACAAGAGGGCCGUGCUGCUCGUCCAAUGAGUAGCGUGUCUUCGUCCGGUUACCAUGGUGCAUUUUCGGCCGCUGCUGCUGGUUCAGCAGCCCAACCCAAUGUCGCCGUGGCUAUCACUACGCCCGUCGAGGAAGAUAAAGCCGCAACCGAGAUUUGGAAGCAACCGCCGUUGGGGACUUAUACGGUGGUUUCCACGUAUACACCCACGUUAAGUGACGAAAUCGUUAUCCACGUCGGCGACCAAGUGCAGAUUUAUGAAGAAUAUGACGACGGUUGGUGCUUAGGUGCCAAUCUGAGUCGCCAUGGUGAACGGGGCGUGUUUCCAAAACACUGUGUGCUACCGCCCACACCGCAAAUGAUCCCGUUACCUCCGAGCACAUCGAGCUUGGCUAUUUCCUCGGAUGAUAAGUCCAAGCAUAGUCGUCUAAGCUCACUAUACACCGAAGCACCGCAUUAAGAAAACAAAAGAAAGACGAAAAAGAGUUUAGAUCCAUUUUUGUUUAUCCUUGUUGUUUUCAUUCCCCAUUAUUGUCAUUUCAUCCAAGCCCCC